UCUGCCGCGCUCCGCGCUGCCUGCGCCGGCCGCGCUGUCCCCCAGACGCGCGGAGGCGCUCCGGGGGCCGGCGUGGGCCGGGAGGGCGGCGGGAAGGCCGGCCGGCUGGUGGCCGGGAGCUGGGUGGCCAGGGUCGGGGCGCGCCGCCCGGGCCUCGUCGGGCGUGCGGGGUAGCGCUCCGGCCCGGAGUUCAGGGCGGCGACCACACUGUGCAGGUCGCUGGAAAGGACGUAGGCAGAGGCUGGCUGUCUUUAUUGCUGUUACUGGGUUCCCGUCAAGCCGACUGAAGCUGCGGGUCCCGCGCUUGGGGCAGGGUUGGCUUAACGGUGGUGGACGUCCGAGGACACCUUGGAGCCCGGCUGUGCGAGCGCCGGAGCUUUCUGGAGCCCCCGCGCCUCGUCAGGUCGUGCGUAUGCAAGGUACAACACUCAAGGAGAUGGAAAGGGAACACAUAUGGUGAAUCUACCCAGGGCUGACUUCAGAGUUCUUACUUCUGGCUUUUAAUUUUUUUCUUUUUAAAAUACCUUGGACGGAUAAAAGAUGUGCCAUGGCAGGAUAGCACCAAAGAGCACCUCCGCGUUUGCCGUGGCCUUCGUGGGACAUGGAGUGUUUGUUCCGCUGGUGAUUCUUAGCGCCCUCCUUGGAGACGGACUCGCCUCAGAUUCUUUGCCCUACCCCAUUCCAAAAACCAGAGUGUGUUCCCUGCCCCCAGAGCCAGAGAAUGGUGGCUACAUCUGCCACCCCCGGCCCUGUAGAGACCCCCUGAACUCAGGCAGCGUCAUCGAGUACCUGUGUGCUGAAGGCUACAUGUUAAAGGGCGAUUACAAAUACCUGACAUGUAAGAAUGGCGAGUGGAAACCAGCCAUGGAGAUCAGCUGCCAUCUCAACGAAGACAAAGACGCCCACACAUCACUCGGGGUCCCCACGCUGUCCAUCGUGGCUUCCACUGCCAGCUCUGUGGCACUCAUUCUCCUCCUCGUGGUGCUGUUUGUGCUGCUGCAGCCAAAGCUGAAGUCUUUCCAUCACAGCAGGCGUGACCAGGGGGUGUCCGGGGACCAGGUCUCCAUCAUGGUGGAUGGAGUCCAGGUUGCACUACCGUCGUACGAGGAGGCUGUGUACGGCAGUUCCGGUCACUGUGUGCCGCCCGCCGACCCCAGAGUGCAGAUUGUGCUAUCAGAAGGGUCUGGGCCCAGUGGGAGGAGCGGGCCGAGGGAGCAGCAGCUGCAGGACCAGGGGGCCUGCUCCUCUGCAGGCAGAGAGGAGGAGGCCCCGGGCCAGUCCGGACUAUGUGAAGCCCGGGGCUCUCGGGGCUCGGAGACUGUGAUGGUGCAUCAGGCAACCACCUCUUCCUGGGUGGCCGGCUCAGGGAACAGCCAAGUGGCACACAAAGAAGCCCCAGAUUCAGAGAACAGUGACAUACAAAGCCUCACGUCGGAGGACUACACAGAUGAUAUCCCACUGUUGAAAGAAGCAUGAGGGCUGCCGCUGGCUUCUCUCGUCUCUGCCCUUCCUCCCUCUCCUUGUGGGUUUGAGCACUGCGUACUCCAGCCGCCCUGCCCGGAUACCUGAGCUGCCACCUGUGUAUCUGUGUAUCUCUGUAUCGCUGAGGGCCUGCAGGCCCACCUCGCUGGAAACUCAAGGAAGAUUCUUGCCGUCUGCCUGCUGGACAGCUGGAGGAGCUGGCGUUUUGCCUGGCCCAGCCUUCCCAUCUGUGUUGGGGACAUAGUUGAAUGCGCCAGAUUGAACCCUUCCUUUCCCUGAGCCUCUGGGUCCCCUCCAGCCGGCUCCUCGGUGGCAGCCAGCUCCUCGGUGGCAGCCCCCUCCAGCCCACGUGGGCCUGAGAGCGCUGUUUACUCGUGCCUUCCUCCCACCCCGUCCAGCUCCCCUGUCACGCAGGCUUCUUGCUUUCCCGCGAGUCUCCGUGGCUGCCCUGCCGCCUCCUGCCACACAGGGGCCGGGCCUGUCGCCUCUGGGGGCUGGCACCGCUGCCCUUAGCAGGGGCAGGUCUGAGAGUGACUCGAAUCGGGGCAGGAGUGUGGGUCCCUGGGCCUGCCCUUGGUUGACACCGGCGGUGCAUUGCCUUGGCUGAGCAUGGAGGCUGUGGAAGUCACGCCAAAGCCGUCCCAGCGCCUGGCUGUCCUAGCUCGGAGGUGCCGGCUCCUGGCCCUGUUGUAUUUCCAGGAAGCAUCCAAGGGAGGGCAGGAAGGUGGCUGUUAAUGAUUGUCUUCCUAAUAUGCAAAUUCUCACGUCCUACUUCCAGCACCCGGCCAUCCUGGCCUCGGUUUUUUCUCUCUCCCUGGAGUAUAAGGGGAAGCUGCAUGCUGCCCCCUGGGUUUGAUCCUGCGCGGCUCCGGCUUCCUCGCCGGCCGAGGCCUGAGGCGCAUCAUCCACGGGACGGGAGCGUUGCUGAGAUGCCAUGGGAUGCCCAUCUGGUACUGGCAGUUGGGGCCAGUUGCCCCGUUCCGGGUCCGUGGUGAGGGAAGGGGGCCUGAGAGGCACUGACCGCGUCCCCAGGCAGCUGCAGGCAGCUCCGCCCCGGUCCUGAGGGUCCUCCCCGCCACAGUCACGUGCCUUAGUAACCAUGCCCAGGGAGCGUCCCGCUGCUUGCCUCGCUGCUGCUUUUCCUGCUUCCGCCCUCCCCCGCCGCCCCUCCGCUCGUCACAGCUGACAGACAGCUCCCCGGUCUCCCCGGCACACAGCCCCAGCUUGCUGGGGGGGAUGGUUUGGAAGCGGCCUGGCUCCGAGGCCCUGGUGUUGAAGGAGUGGGCUCAGGGCCCCGCCGGGGCCGCUCCCUCAGCCGCGUGUCCCGUGCUGGCUGGGCCGGGGUGGCAGAGCUCAGCCGGGCUGCUGCCUCUUCAAGAGAUGUGGCAUUAAGGAGGGCUUGUCUGUGUUUUGUUUUUGAAGCACUGCCCCUCUGCUCCUCCCCAUUUGGAGUGGUGACAGGAAUAGAGCCCAGUAUGUGUUCAGUUCCUGACCUAACAGGGUAGCUCCUGGCGCGGGUGGCCUCGGAGAGGAGGGGCGGGCGCGAGCGGCCUUCUCUCAGCCUCCUGCCUCCACUCUCACACACGCACUUUACUCCCCGCUUGCUCCCGGGCCUUGGCCGCCCCUGUAGUCUUCCUUCCCCUCAGGUGAGGGCAGUGCCUGCUGUGCCUCUGUCUCGCCCCAGCCCGAGAGGCCUACGUGCCGUGCGCACCGCCUCGGCGGAGGUGCCGGAAGGAAAGCGCAGAAGCCUGAGGGAGACAGGACGGAGCAGGGCUGUCCUUGGCCUCAGAAGAGGCCGUCUCCAGAGACGUGCCUGCCAGGCGUUGCUGGCACGGGGCCCGUCUGGAGGGGAGGGUCCCCACAGCCCCAGCCGCGUCACCCUGCGGGGGUCCUGUACCACCCACAGGGCGCCCUUGUCUUCCUCCAGAAGAGAGCAGGGACCGGUGGGGGCGGCGGGGAAGGCACCCAAAGUCUCGCUGCUGAGCUGGCAGCUUUCAUUCCCCGAUCUUCCAACACCUGAAUUCUCGUCUAGACUGUUUUUUUAAAUGGAAGCUCUUACCCUUUUUUAUAUAAUUACUCUGGGUUUGUCACCCAAGAGAUUGCACUUUUUGUUUGCGGUAUAAUUCAGCCACAGAGGUGACCGGCUUGGCGCUUGAAAAAAUGAAAAGCCUGCCAUCGAACCCUUCUUCCACCUCGCCUGCCCGCCCUGGGGAUCACAAGCCCAGACUUGCCACCUGGUGGGGAAGGAAGGAGAGUCAGGAGCCGCCCCUCCCCCCUCCCCCAUGUCACUGGCUUUGAUGGGGCCCGCCUCCCUGAGGCCUGGCCUGUGGGUGCAGAGCCAACCUUGCCCUGCUGCUCACCCUGGUGACGGCUUCCUGCAGUUAGUUCUCUUCUUCCACAUCGGCUGUGUGCUGCUGUUUCUAGAGCUGGCCUUUGUCCCUUUUGAAGGAUCAGGGCCUGCACAGCUGCCUUGGGGCCUGGCUGAAUUGACAAGGUGUUACCAGGGGCCACCAGAGGACCCCGGAGCAGGUGGGGAAAACUGCCCACAGUCUGGCUUCCCAGGCUCGCCUCCGGGGGUCCAGCAGAGGACUUGUCCAGGAGAACAGUCAGCACGAAAGGACUUCUAAAAAGGGUGGGGUUUUUUGGGUGAUUUGUUUGUUUGUUUUUGCAUACGUGAGCUGACUCAGUGCAGGUUUUAUAUCCUGGCAACUUGGAGUCACAUUCCAGUGACUUUCCAGGGCCAGUAUAUAGUGAAAAUCACUUAAAAUUUCCAUCCGUUUCAAUGCCUUAGUUCAGCGGUAGGCUCUGUCUUUUGCCAUUUUUGAGUUUUGUGUGCUAUGUUCCCAUUUCACUGGAUGUGAACCGUGAAAUUGGCCGAGUUCUGGCCACUUUGUGAGGUCUUGGUUGGUUUUCUGAGGCAUUUCAGUGUACAUCCUACUAACACUCCAUUUGCAAACAGACCUUCACUCAUGUCGUCAUCCCCAUUCUUCCUGCCCUCCUCCUCUCCCCUUCCCCCAGCUUUCAAGCUCUGUGGAGAAGCUGGAUGGCAAGACAGACAAAGGUGUACUUUUCCUGCUAAGUUAGUGGUGGCACAGGAAUCCUAGCACUCGGCCUUUCCCCUCCCCAUCCCAGUGGAGCUCAAACCACUUGCUUUCUACGUAACCAUGUCACUUCCAUCCCAAGGGAAUAUCCUUACAUAGAGAAUGGAAAAUGCUGCAAACAUUUCUAGAUCCUCGCCUGGUUGUUUUUGUCUUUUUGUUUUCCCUCCUUGAGAAUAAAGGGCCCAGGAGGGAAGGGACGCAGGCUUGACAGCUUAAUUCCAGAUGUGCUUACUGAGGACAGAGGCUGGGAGCUUCUCUCAUGGAGCCUGCCGGGGCUCCUGACGCUCAGCAUAGGGCCUGUCAUUACUGUUGUCCAGUGAGGGGCUCGGCGAGGAUUGUUUGUUUGGCGGGUGUGCGGACCGAGUGGUAGAGUAGCUGGUUCCCAGGAGAGGGAAAGGCAGGCUCAGCUUUCCUGGGAAGCAACUCUUCUUAACCACCAGUUAAGAAUCUUAUAAAAUUUUGAACGAGAACCCCAAGGUUGAGCCCACUGCUAGGAGAUGGGGAGGAUGCAGGGGCAAAGCGCUCAGAUCACCAAGCAAGGAGAGAGGGACGAGGGUUGCGAGGCGGCCCUCCGCCCCCUGCCCGGGCUUCUCAUCGCACCACUAUGGAAUCUCUGCAAUGGUUUCACAUGACACACACAUCACUGACUGUGCAGGAUGUCACUCAAUCAGUUUGGGUUUGCUUUAUUUUAUUUUAUAUAUAUAUAUAUAUAUUUUUUGGUAUCCUGUACAUUGCAGUGGGUGUGAAGAUAGUAUUUUAAUAUUUGUACAAAGUUUAAUUUAAUUUUAAUUGUUCUAUGUAUAUAACUGCAUUUCUAAAUAAUAAUAAUAAAAAAAAAUUCU